GCACGUGCGUUUGGCUCCAAAUAAUUAUAAAUUUUUAAAGAAAUAUGGAUGAGUUUGACAUAUUUAAGCUAAUAACAGCUGGAGCUAGAUUCACCAAGAAACGAAAGGCACCAAACAAACCAAAUGCUUGUUCAGAGAAAUCAACCACAUUGGAGGCGGAAACCCAGCCACAGGUGAAAAAGGCAAAAAAGUCGGAUGAAUCAACUACAAGUGAAUUUCGUUUACUGGCCGAUAAUAGCCAGAACAGCCAGUCCAAAGCUCAGAAAAACAAGAAAAAGGCAAAGGAGUUGACACCAGAGGAAAAGGAGCGACUGCAGCAAGAGGCGCGAGUGAACGAAUUGAGAAAGAAUCACAAUAUAUCGGUCCUGGGAAAGGACAUACCGCCGCCUAUAAACAAUUUUGAUGAGCUUCAACAAGAAUUCCAGUUGCUGCCGCGUCUGCAUCAGAAUCUUCAGUCCUAUGGUUUUCAGCAGCCCACUCCUAUACAAAUGCAAGCAUUGCCUGUUAUGCUGCGAAACCGGGCCCUAAUGGCCUGUGCUCCUACAGGAUCCGGUAAGACUCUAGCCUUUCUUACGCCAAUUAUAAAUGGACUGCGUAGCCAUCAAACCUCCGGUAUAAGAGCUCUGGUCUUGGCACCCACACGAGAGCUUGCCCAGCAGAUAUAUCGCGAGUGCUCGGAGCUGACACGGGAAACGGGCUUGCGAACACAUUUCAUCAGCAAAGUGAGCGAGGCGAAGCAACAACAUGGCCCGGAGUGUAAGCAAAAAUAUGAUAUUCUAAUCUCAACACCAAAUCGUGUGAGAUUCCUACUACAACAAGAGCCUCCACUUCUGGAUCUCUCCGCUGUGGAAUGGUUCGUCUUGGAUGAGGCAGAUCGUUUAAUGGAAGAGGGCAAAAAUAACUUCAAGGAGCAGCUUGAUGACAUAUACUCGGCUUGUUCCCAUUCCGGAAAGCGUGUGGCCUUCUUCAGUGCCACCUACACAGUACCUGUGGCCAAAUGGGCAUUGCGGCAUUUAAAGAACUUGGUGAGGAUUACUAUAGGAGUGCAGAACAGUGCCACCGAUACAGUGCAGCAGGAAUUGCUCUUUGUGGGAUCCGAGAGUGGAAAACUAGUGGCCAUACGAAACUUGGUAAAAGAAGGACUUCAUCCUCCCGUUCUGAUAUUCGUCCAAAGCAAAGAUCGCGCCAAACAACUAUUUGAGGAACUACUUUACGAUGGCAUCAAUGUGGAUGUCAUCCAUGCCGAACGUACUCAACAUCAACGAGAUAACUGUGUGCGUGCCUUUCGCGAGGGCAACAUUUGGGUGCUCAUCUGUACUGAGUUAAUGGGUCGCGGUAUUGACUUUAAAGGAGUCAAUUUGGUCAUCAAUUAUGAUUUUCCGCCAACAACCAUAUCCUAUAUACAUAGGAUUGGUCGAACAGGUCGAGCCGGUCGACCAGGACGGGCUAUUACCUUCUUCACACAAGAGGAUACGGCCAAUUUGAGGAGCAUUGCCCAGAUUAUUAAAAACUCCGGCGGAACGGUUCCUGAAUAUAUGCUGCAAAUGAAGAAAGUUUCGAAAUCAGAAGCCAAAAUGAGGGCUAAGAAACCCCUCGAUCGGGAGGAAAUAUCCACUAAGAUCAAGCCCGUAGAAUUGAAGCCUGAAAAAGAGCAUAAAAAGUUUGAUAAAGGGCAAAAAAAAACUGAAAAAGUCGCGACCAAGGUGAAAAAACAGAAGCUGGCAAAGAUUAAUAGCAAACCGAAUGGUAAAGAUCAAUCCAAAGGUUUGGCUAAAGGAAAAGUUGGUAAAGCCAAACAGAAAACAAAAAAGCCAAGUAAAAAUUAAAUAGUUAAUAAAAUUGUGUG